GUGGGUUUUCGCUUCCGGUUUGGUGUUCGAGUCUAAGCUGAGAGCAGUCGCUAGGGGCAGCGUCUAGUCGUGUCGUUCUUGCGGAAUUCAUCUCGAUCACCUGAUAAACGCAACAAUGGCUGGCCGGCUAAUGCAAGCAGCGAGAUGCCCGACAGAUGAACUCUCUCUCACAAACUGUGUGGUUGCAAGUGAGAAGGACUUCAAAUCUGGGCAACAUUUGACCAUUAAAACCACACCCACUCAGAAGUUUGUGUUCACGGUGAGAACGCACUCAAGCGUGGUGCCAGGAACCAUUGCCUUCAGUCUACCGCAGAGGAAAUGGGCUGGACUCUCUCUGAACCAGGAUGUUGAAGUGAGUGUCUACAGCUUUGACCCUUCGAGACAGUAUGUGGGAACCAUGACGCUAGAGGUCGACUUCCUCCAGAAGAAGAGCGUUGACAGCAACCCUUACGACUCUGAUAAGAUGGCCAUUGAAUUUAUCCAGUUUUUUACCGCACAGGCCUUUAGUGUGGGCCAGCAGUUUGUCUUCAGCUGCUUUGACAAGCUUUUUUCACUGGUCAUAAAAGAUAUCGAGGCCAUGGAUUCCAGUAUACUUAGAGGCGAGCAAAGCUCUAGCAAAAGACAGAAGAUCGAGAUUGGUCUGUUGCAUGGCAACAGUCAGGUGAUUUUUGAGAAAGCUGAGAGCUCAUCUCUCAAUUUGAUUGGUAAAGCAAAGACCAGAGGUUCUCGGCAGUCCAUCAUCAACCCAGACUGGAACUUUGAGCGCAUGGGCAUUGGAGGCCUAGACAAGGAGUUCUCCGACAUCUUCCGUCGGGCCUUCGCCUCGCGAGUCUUUCCUCCAGACAUAGUGGAGCAGAUGGGCUGUAAACACGUGAAGGGGAUCUUGUUGUUUGGGCCACCCGGCUGUGGUAAAACACUGAUGGCGCGUCAGAUUGGUAAGAUGCUGAAUGCCAGAGAGCCGAAGGUGGUCAACGGGCCAGAGAUUCUGAACAAAUAUGUGGGCGAAUCGGAGGCCAACGUCAGAAAGCUGUUUGCUGAUGCCGAGGAUGAACAGAAGAGGUUGGGGGCCAACAGUGGACUGCACAUCAUCAUAUUUGACGAAAUUGAUGCCAUCUGUAAACAACGUGGCAGCAUGGCGGGCAGCACCGGGGUCCACGACACUGUAGUCAACCAGCUACUGUCUAAGAUCGAUGGCGUAGACCAGCUCAACAACAUCCUGGUCAUUGGAAUGACCAACAGGCCUGACCUGAUCGAUGACGCCCUCUUGAGGCCGGGUAGAAUGGAGGUCAAAAUGGAGAUUGGCUUGCCUGAUGAGACGGGCCGUAUUCAGAUCCUGAAUAUCCACACGGCAAAAAUGAAGCAGUCAAACAUGCUGGCCAAAGAUGUUGACAUAAAGGAGCUGGCUUUUGAGACCAAGAACUACAGUGGAGCAGAGCUGGAGGGGCUUGUCCGGGCUGCCCAGUCGACUGCCAUGAACCGUCACAUCAAGGCCAGUACUAAGGUGGAGGUGGACGUAGAGAAAGCUCAGAUGCUAGAAGUCAGCAGGAGUGAUUUCUUGGCCUCUCUGAAUAAUGACAUCAAGCCUGCUUUUGGCACUAAUCAGGAGGAUUACAGUAGUUACAUCAUGAAUGGUAUUGUGAAAUGGAGCAAUGCUGUGUCUGACAUACUGGGAGAUGGAGAACUUUUGGUGCAACAGACCCAGAACAGUGAACGCACACCACUAGUAUCUGUGCUUUUAGAGGGGCCUCCUCACAGUGGUAAGACGGCACUGGCGGCCAAGAUCGCAGAGGACUCCCAGUUCCCCUUCAUCAAGAUCUGUUCUCCAGACAAAAUGAUUGGCUAUACAGAGACCGCCAAAUGUCAGGCCAUCAAAAAGAUCUUUGAGGAUGCCUACAAGUCCCAACUGAGCUGUGUGGUGGUGGACGAUAUAGAAAGACUUCUGGAUUUUGUUCCCAUUGGGCCACGGUUCUCUAACCUGGUGCUGCAGGCUCUGCUGGUAUUAUUGAAGAAACCUCCUCCUCGGGGUCGUAAGCUGCUGAUUCUUGGCACGACUAGCAGGAAGGAUGUUCUGCAGGAGAUGGGCAUGCUGGACACUUUCAGCACUACAAUCCACAUCCCUAACAUCUCUAGAGGAGAACAUCUCAUGGAGGCCCUGGAGCUUCUCGGGGGUUUCCAGGAAGAAGAGCGAGCAACUAUUGCAAAAAUGGUGAAAGGACAAGCUGUGUGGCUCGGCAUUAAGAAGCUGCAGAUGCUCAUUGAGAUGUCAAUGCAGAUGCCUAAGGAAUACAGAGUACAAAAGUUCUUGGCACUACUGAAAGAAGAAGGAGCGUUUGGCUCUGAUAAACAUGUGGCCAUAUAGUGUCGGGACCGGGGGAGUAGCCUGACACACCAAGGCUAUUUUGAAGCAGUUAAAGGAGUCAGGAAAACACUGGGUGCACUUGAGAGACUGAGAGGGAGCAGACGCACAUACAGAAUAUGUCUCUAUCCCACACUUUCCUUAAGUGUAGUGUACUGUAUGUUUCCAAGGCAAUUACAGACACUGCCCACUGUUCAACACUAGCUCCUUGACGUGCACAGGGUCUCAUAUUUGUACAGUGCCUCAGGUGUCUUAAGACAUCAGGAAUUUUGAAAUAGUACAUGCAUGUAUAUGAAGACCUAAAAGGUGUUUAUAUUUAAAGUGUAUUAUAUUUAUAUGUAUUUAGUGGCAUGAACCAUUCCUAUCAACGAUGCCUUACUCCUAAAAUUGACUAUACUGGGCCGUAUAAAUUUAGCAGUGGUAAAAUGAUGACCAAAUCCUCUGCUUGCUAUUGAUUGACUUUGAAAUUAUUAAACAAAUGAAAUUAUUUUAACGUUUAGUUCCUGGCAAGAAUUGAUGUUGAACUGCCAAGAAUAUUGAAAUGCUUAUUUGCAUGCCAGUAUGUUGUUGCAGUUUUGUUCAUUGCUUUUAUUGUUUUCUGUCCAAAAUCAAAGAAAAAAAACAAACACUUUUUUAAAAAGGGAACUAUCCGUCCUUCUUAUGUGGCUCUGGACAUUCCAUCUCAGGAAAGCUUUGUCUCAGCCCCUCACCUCAGUAAUGGGGACCUAAAUAGUGGCCUUAAUCAUUGUGUACUACCUCCACGUUGCCAGUCUGCCAACAGUGCCGAGAUAGUUCACAUUGGCCCUGAAUUCUCUUCUUCAUCUUUGUUAUAUCUUUCAUAUGCAUGCUUUCUCUUUCAGAACAUUUAAGAAGAACAUUAUGACCCCAUUAUAACUUACCGUUGAACUGUGAAAGUCAUUUUUACAAGAAUUUGCAUUUUGUGUACAAUUUGGAUCUUGGACUGCAUGUCACACUCUAGUACUUGUGCUUAUCAUGGCAUAACCCAAGGAAUGAAUAAAUGCAAUAAUUUGUCCUGUUAAAUAGAGUUAUAAAAUAUUGUCUUCAAUGAUUUCGUAGAUAAAAUGCAGUUUUAAGAUUGCAAUAAAUGCCAUUAUUGUU